AUGUGUCCGAAGAUUCAUUAGUUCGAACGAGUUCGAAAGAUGCGGUUGUGACAUAUCUAGACUUGAUAAUCGUUUGCGCACAAAACAAUAAAAAAGAAUCGCAUUUUUGCGUAGUGAUGUGUUUAAUGUUGUGUUUAAUCACCGUUUUAAAUGUGGGUGUUUCUGUGAUAUUCGUCUAAAAGCAGUUUGAACCACGACUGUAGAGUAAUAGGUCAAGGAGCAGGAAGUGAUCGGGUUAUUGUUAAGGUUGGAAGAUUUUGGAUAAUAGGAGAUGGAUAAUACAAUGGAGGAACCUCUUUUGAACGAAAAUGGUUCAACGUACACGGAGACACCCGUUAGCAGCAGCCCCAAAAAAAAAAUUAUGCACGGCUGCUGCACACCUACCUGUCGCAAAUGGACGCUGUUUGGAUUUGCUGCGUUCUUCCUCCUAUUCGGAAUUCUUUUAGUAUUGUUUACAGACGACAUAGUACAAGCAGUCAAAAAUCAGGAACUUAAUGUAGGCUCUAAUAAAACCAAAGAGUAUAAAAAUUGGGAGGAAACCCCAAUACCCAUGUACAUAGAUUUCUAUCUCUUCAAUUGGACUAACGCGAAAGAAGUGAUAGAUUCGAAGUGGACCAUCAAACCCAAUUUCACCCAAUUGGGUCCUUACAGUUUCCACGAGAAACACUAUCGUAAAAAUGUGAUAUUCAACCACAAUCGGACAGUUACCUACCAGACGCAGAGAUUAUGGCAUUUCGCCCCAGAAAAGACCGUAGGGUCUCUGGAUGAUUCCAUAACCACCAUCAAUCCAAUCUUACUUACUGUAGCAAAUAUGAUUAAGUAUAAGCAUAGUCUUGUAAAAAUGGGCAUAGAUUUCUUCUUAGAAGAGAAAAAAAUUAAUUUAACCGUGACUAAAACAGCACGAGAAUUUUUAUUUGAUGGGUACGAGGAUCCCAUAUUGGAUCUACUUAAGAAACUUCAUUUAAAGAAUAUGGAUAUACCAUUUACAAAGUUUGGAUGGUUUGCUAAUAGGAACGGAUCGAUUACUUAUGAUGGUACUUAUAAUAUGUAUGAUGGUAGUGAUGAUGUUAGAAAAUUGGGGAAAUUUACGGCUUGGAAUUACGAAGAAAAAUCUUCGUAUUAUCCAGGCCAUUGUGGGCAAGUGGGUGGUACGAGUGGAGAGCUGUGGUAUCCUGUUAAAGACGAUAAAACUAUACAAGUUUUUUCGGCAGAUGUUUGCAGUACGUUAACUCUCGAGCGUAACGGCACCUUCGAGAUGCUCGGAGUACAAAGCCAUAAAUUCGUAGCAACCGAGCAAGUAUUCGACAACGGAACCUUACAUCCAGAAAUGGCCUGUUUCAGUCCAGGGGAAGUCGUCCCAAGCGGCGUACGCAAUAUAUCUGAGUGCAAAUUUGGAGCGCCGGCGUUUUUGUCUUAUCCUCACUUUUACCUAGCGGAUCCCUUUUACACCGACGCCAUUGUCGGUAUGAAACCCAACGCUUCAGAACACCAAAUGACCAUGUCGAUCGAACCCCAAACAGGGAUUCCCGUACAAGUUAAAGUAGCAGCACAAAUAAAUCUCAAAGUCGAGAAAAUCGACAAGAUAAAGUUGUUGGAGAACGUUAAAACUCACUAUAUGCCUGCUCUGUGGUUUAAGCAGUACGCAACGGUAAACGAAUAUUUGGCCGACCAAGCGAAACUAUUACUUACUUUACCAUCAAUCGGGCACUACACGGGGUACGGGAUUGUAGGGCUCGGGUGCCUUCUUGCCUUCAUUUUUGGGUUUGUCACGUGGAAGAAACUGUGGAGAGGUAGUGAUCAAGAGAUCUUAUUGAAUCAAGAUGCUUUUUAAUACUCUGUUCCGAUAGCGCGACGAGUGGGGAUGUGUAGCAAUACUUGUAAUUGAUCAGGGCUGUGAUAGUUACUACUUGACCAUUUUAUAUUGUUUGUUUGUUCCAAAGAUACGUUUAAUAUAUUGCAGUAUCGUGUAUAUAUGUACUUAUAAUGGAUUUGUAUAAAGUGUAUCGUCAAAGAAUAAAUUUUGCAGUUGAAA